UCAACUCAUCUACAAAAACACCAUCAUGACCCAGAACAGCUCCUCUGACAUCAUCACUCGUCACGACCAAGUCUACAUCGACUUCUCCUGCGUCCAAACUCCACCGGACAUCAAGACUGAGACCUUCAGGAUCAGAGACAGCUCUGUGAUCCAGCACAUCACAUCUGGAGUUUGGGAUUACACUCUGAUCAUGAAGGCUUUCACGGACGUCAGCCACACACAAGCUGUGGAGUCCAGCACUGAGGUGCAGCUGAACCAGAAGAUCUGGGUGGAGCUGAAGACUGACGGGCUGGACGGAGACGUGGUCGUCGUGGUGACCGACUCCUGCUGGGCCACUAACCAGCCAUCACCCGACAGCACUCCGAGAUACGACCUGAUCAUAAACAGCUGUGCCAACCCUGCUGACCAGACGGUGCAGGUGGAGGAAAAUGGACUGGGAACCUCCAACUACUUCUCCUUCAGUAUGUUCCAGUUUACUGGGAGCUCUGGUGACGUCUACCUGCACUGCAAACUCCACGUGUGCCCUAAACAGGAGUACAGCUGCCUCCCGACUUGUCCUGCAGGUACAAUAUGA